AUGCAGGAGCUGCAGACAAACCCCAAAACUCAGAUCAGGUUACGUCUGAGAGGAGAGAAGCCCCUGACAGAGAAGUCAAGCCCCUGCUGGGCACAGACCUGUGCAUUUUUCAUUCCCUACCUGAUCUUCCUCUUCACCUGCGGUAUUCCCGUGUUUUUCCUGGAGAUUUCUCUGGGUCAGUUCACCAGCGAGGGAGGAAUCACAUGCUGGAGGAAGAUCAGCCCGCUGUUCGAAGGGAUCGGAUACGCCACUCAGGUCAUUGUGGCUCUGCUGAACUUCUACUAUAUAAUCGUUUUGGCCUGGGGAAUAUUUUACCUGUCCUUCUCCUUCUCCUGGAUCCUGCCGUGGUCCUCCUGCAACAACACCUGGAACACAGAAUCCUGCAUAGAAUUUCAAAGACGAAAUGAAUCCAUUGACCAAAGUCACCUAGAGAACGCAACAUCGCCCGUGAUCGAGUUUUGGGAACGCAGAGUUUUGCGGAUCUCGUCUGGGAUUGAGGAGAUAGGAACGCUGCACUGGGAUCUGGUCCUCUGUCUGUUGCUGGCCUGGGUUCUCUGUUAUUUCUGCAUUUGGAAAGGCGUCAAAUCCACCGGCAAGGUGGUGUACUUCACUGCGACCUUCCCAUAUGUUAUGCUGCUGAUUUUACUGAUCCGAGGGGUAACCCUGCCAGGAGCAUCCCGUGGGAUCAAGUACUACCUUUAUCCCGACCUGGGGCGAUUAGCAGACCCGCAGGUGUGGAUGGAUGCAGGCACGCAGAUCUUCUUCUCGUAUGCCAUCUGUUUAGGUUGCCUCACUGCACUCGGAAGCUACAAUAAAUACAACAACAACUGCUACAGGGAUUCUCUGGCUCUGUGUUUCUUGAACAGUGGAACCAGUUUUGUCGCUGGUUUUGCCAUCUUCUCGAUUCUCGGCUUCAUGUCUUACGAACAGAACGUCCCGAUCUCAGAAGUGGCCGAGUCUGGUCCUGGUUUGGCGUUCAUUGCGUAUCCGCGGGCAGUGUCCAUGAUGCCCGUCUCUCCGCUGUGGGCCUGUUUCUUCUUCAUCAUGAUUGUUCUGCUGGGCUUGGACAGUCAGUUCGUGUGUGUGGAGAGUCUGGUCACAGCUACGGUGGACAUGUACCCCACUUUCUUUCGUCGGAAGAACCGCAGAGAGCUGCUCAUCCUCGUCGUGGCCGUCGUGUCCUUCCUCGUGGGUCUCAUCAUGCUCACAGAGGGUGGAAUGUAUGUCUUCCAGCUGUUUGAUUACUACGCUGCCAGUGGGAUGUGUUUGCUCUUUGUUGCUAUUUUUGAAACGGUGUGCAUCGCUUGGAUAUACGGUGCUAAUCGGUUCUAUGACAAUAUCGAGGACAUGAUUGGUUACCGUCCCGGGCCGUAUAUUAAAUACUGCUGGCUCUUUUUCACCCCAGCCACGUGUUUUGGUACGUUUGCGUUCUCGCUGAUCAAAUACACUCCUCUGAAGUAUAAUAACGAGUAUGUGUACCCGUGGUGGGGUUACGCUCUCGGCUGGCUGCUGGCGCUCUCCUCCAUGCUCUGCAUCCCACUGUGGGUCGUUUCUAAACUGAGCACAGCCAAAGGUUCACUGAGAGAGCGUUUCCAGAAGCUCAUCACUCCCUCGCAGGACCUGCCCAAAACCAGACGAGAACAGGAGAAGCUUCAGGCCAUCUUCACAGCCGACGGCGACGCUCUGCGCUCCACCAAAGAUGGGUACAUCCCUGUCAGCGAGAAGGAGUCGCACUGUUAGACGGAGCGCUGUGUGUGCCUCUGAACCAUCCUGUGAUACCUCACACAGAACUGGCAGCCAAAAACAUUACCACAGACAGACAGAAGGGCUACUUCUCAUUUACAAAAAACAUCUACAAUACAGUGUUUAGUUUAUUAUACACUCUCAGAAGAAAAGGUACAAAAGCUCUGUCACUGGAACGGUAGAUUUUCAAAAGGUGCACUUUUGUACCUUUUUUUCGGAGCGUGCACAUCUAGAGAUUUCAAUUAAAGCCAUUUUCUCAAAAGGAGAUGUUUCUCCACUUAAGCAGCCUGUUGUGUUCCUAUCGAAGGUUUUUAUAAAGGGUUUUUUCUCAUAUCGUUCACCUGGUUUUAUACAGCACUUGAUUCCUGAAAAAAAAAUCAUUUAUUCUUAGUCUGUUGACGGUGUUUUCUGAUUCAUGGAGAAACUAAAACAGAUACAUCCAAAAUCUCAUCGUUAAAAACUAAAUGAAAGGAGAACUUUAAACCUGGCUUCAUCCAAUCUUCUGGAAAUGCAUGCAGAUCAUAUAAUACCUCAUUUGCAUGAUUAAACAUAACACUUCA